UGCGGCUCCUGAGAAAAGGAGGUGUGCGGCUCUUUUUCCCCUCAGUUUUAUUUUUAAUUUUUUUUUCUUUUCUCUGGAGCGGACCUUUCGGCGGAGCAGCUGCAGCAGCCGCGGCCACGCCGGGAUCGAGCAGGAAGGAUGGCCGGGGGGCGCCUCCCGGGGCUGCUUUUCAUCUUGCACGCCGCGGCUCGCCUGGCCGCCGAGCAAGAAGUUGAAAACCUCUCCGGGCUCUCCCCUAACCCCGAGAAGGACAUCUUCGUGGUGCGGGAAAACCGGACGACGUGUCUCAUGGCCGAAUUCGCCGCCAAGUUUAUCGUCCCCUACGACGUGUGGGCCAGCAAUUAUGUGGAUCUGAUCACGGAGCAAGCCGAUAUCCCGCUGUCGCGGGGCGCCGAGAUGAAGGGCAAGUGCGGCACGAACGAGUCGGAGCUGGAGCUCUCCUGGCUGGACCAAGCGUACACCCUCAAACUCUCCUUCCUGAAGGAGGGGCACAACACGUCCCGGGGACCGGAGGCGUCCUGGAGGCUCAGCCGGAUCCAGUUCACCUACGACACCUCCGAGCGCACCUACUUCAAGGAUGCCGUCAGCCCCGGGAAGCACACGGCCAGCUCGCACCGGCUCUCGGCCCUGGUGACCCCCGCGGGGCGCUCCUACGAGUGCCAGGCGCAGCAGACCAUCUCCCUCGUCUCCAGCGACCACCAGAAGUCCGUGCAGCUCCUGCUGUCGGAAGUGCGGCUCCAGCCCUUCGACAUUCCCGCGGAUUUUGUCUUCAGUGAAGAACACAAGUGCCCGGUGGACCAGAGGGAGCAGCUGGAAGAAACCCUGCCCCUGAUCCUGGGGCUGAUCCUGGGGCUGGUCAUCGUCAUCACCCUCGGCAUUUACCACAUCCACCACAAGCUGACAGCCAGCCAGGUGCAGAUCCCUCGGGACAGAUCUCAGUACAAACACAUGGGAUAGGGAGCACGACCGAGCAACCCCAGCACUUAUCAGUUUACAGGAUGAAGAAUGAAAGAAAUAAUGCAUAUUUUGGAAGCAGAGCCCAAUCUUCUUUUGUAGGAGCACAAGAGGUUUUGCAUAUCUAUUGCUCAUUGGAGUACAUAAAAGACGACGAUUUUCUAAAAAAAGAUAAUUGCACAACACAACCAUGAAGAAAUCUGCAAUGCAGAUAAUAAGGACUGGAGUAAUGAGUAUAAUGAGGCAUUGUAUGCAGAUCCCGAGCGCGGAUCAGAUGUUAUUUCAGCAACAUGAACUGAAAUCACAACUGAACAACUCCUACACGUGUGGGAUUUUCUUUCCUUGACAGGAUUAACAGGAGCAGCCUGUGACUGCUGCAGGAAGAAAAUCCCUCUCCCUUGGUGAAGUGGGCAUCAAAUUAGACAGGCGAACCUUUGGCCACGGAGUCAGACCAGGCCUGGGAGCUGAGAGGAAGGGCAGGGUCUGGAUCUGGCUCCUACCCAAGCUCAGUCCAACCUCCCAGGUCUUGCCUUAGACAGCUGUGUAAGGCCAGUGGAGCAACCCAUAAUUUUUUCGUGUGCAAACUCUGUUUUUUUUAACUGAGCAAGUCAUGUGCAGCAUUAUGUCCCCUUCUCCCCCUGCUCAUUAACAACUCAAAGACAGAGAAGUAACUCUGGAAGAAGUAAAUGGAAGUGUGGGACAGGUUUUAUCCAGCAUCUUGGAAGUGUGAAAGCUACUCUCACCGUCUGGGGAUGGUUUCAGCAGUAAUGCAGAUUAUUUCCUAUUUGCAUAGAUUGAUGUGGGGCCUCCCAGCCAGCCUGGGGAAGCAGAGCACUCGUACAGAAACUGCUAAGUAAAUGAUAACUAAGUGUGGUAAAAAGGAAUUGUUUUUUGGAAGGCAUCAGGGCAGGAGUGGUGCACCCAAAAGGAGGUCUCCCAUCACCUGAUCACCACCCUUACUGCCUGGUUUCCUCUGCCUUUGAGGCUCCAGUCCCUCCCCAUGGACUCUGCCUGCAGCACAGACGCCAACCACCAGUGAGGCCAGGCCAGUGUUUUUUGGAUUCAGCUCUCUCACAAGUUGUUCAGACCCGCUAACAAGCAUUUGUGGCUCACAGCCCCUCUUCCCCAUGCCUGGGUGAUUCUCCCUUCCGGGCAGUGCCCCCGUGUGCACGGGCGCUGUCUGGCAGCCCGGGGAGGCGGAGGGCGGG